UCGGGGAGUUUCUCUCAGUUUGGUGAUAGCUGGCGGAGUUUUUUCUUUCGAGGCGAACACCAAACCCAUGACAGCCCAGGAGGAGCCGCGCGGUCCGCAGCGCCACUCCAAGCCGGACGUGAGCUAUUAAUCCCGGGACCUGGAGCCGGCGUGGUGCGUUUACGGACAGCGACGACGGGGCAAUGCCCAUUUAAACUGGCGGAGGGAGAAAGUGCUCGGGGGUAAGUUACCAGCUUUCACGUCUGAAUGUGGAAGUGGUGACCGGGAACACGGUUGUUCGAGAGCCCCGAGACAUGAUGUCCACUGGAGCCGAGAGCUGACACUGUCGAAUGAGAGAGGAUGGAGCAGCCAGACAACCCUGCCCCCGCCAGCAACAACCCUAAUGGGUUUGUCAACCGAGUGUUUAAUGUGUCUCUGGAUGUGGAGAAUGAGACCAGCAGUGUUUAUAUUCAAGAGACCGGGCCAGAGCCUGCAGAGGGGCAGGGCGAGCCCCCGGCUGCCUCUUCUCAGACCCACGUCGUGGAGAGACAGGAGGUCAACCGGAGGCCACGCGGCGCCACGGGGGGCAUCUGGAGGAUCUUGAACCGAAAGAGAGCCGGUUCGGAGCUGGAGCGCCGACCCCACUCCAUGAUCCUGCCCGGGGAGGCCUCCGUCCCCAAGCUGUCGUUCGCCGACAAAGUCCGCUCCUUCAAGAAGCUCAAAUCCCCCUCCGUGUUUCGAGGGAAGACGGAGAAGUUGUCCGCGGCCGCCAAGUUCGGCAGCUCCCUGAUGGACGAGGACUCUUUCUGCAGGGACUUCGGCACCCCGCAGCAGUCCGGCAGGAGCGCGCUCAGACACCGCGCCAAGAGGCACUCGUACGCGGGCCACACGGCGGAAUUCGACUGCUCGUUCGAAGACAUCGACCUCUCGGCUCCUCCGGACGGCCACCAGCCCGCUGCGGCGGGGGAGGUCGCGACCCCGAAUGGUUGUAAACUGUCCGAAAGAGUUUGCUACACGAAAAGAAGCCAGGGCAAUUCAAACAACUGCAACAGAACGUCCGCCUGCUGCAACGAGCCGAGCGUCAAGGGAAGCCCGGGCGCCCAGCGCGGGCGAGGGAGGAGGCGCAAAGAUGUGUGGAGUUACCUGAGGAGGAUUUCCAUCUUGGGGAAGGCCAAUCCCGUCUACUCGGAGAGGAGCUUCGACUCCGAGCUUCCCUCUUUGGACAAGACCAUGGACUCGGACUACGGUUCCGUUGACUUUGGGAGCGUCAGGGACUUCCAGCCGCCGCCCCCAAAACACUCCGACCCCAAGGGCCACUUUGGCGGUCUGUUCAAGUUUUUCACCAGCGUGGCGGAUACGGCCAGAAAAUGGCGGACGACGACGCACUCCUUCUCUCCUCCGGAGGGAGAGAGGACGCCGGCGGGCUCGCCGAUGGGCUCGCCGCGGCCUCCGCAGCCGCCGGCGGACAGCAUCCGCAGCGUGUCCCUGACACUCCGCAGCGAAGGACUUCCGAAAUCCCGGCCGGCGGCGGCGGCGUCGCCCGCGACCGCUAAAUCCUCGCAUCCCCCAGAGGCCCCGUCACCUGUGCCAGGUGGAGGCUCCCCGAAGGCGGUCCUGAAGGCCUUCAGGGCACGCCCGGGAGCUCGAGCCGUCAACGGCCUUCAGAGUUCCGAGGGGACAGACAGACAUGUCGACGGAGACCCAAACCACAGGUCCACAGCCGUGGUCGAGGAUCGCAUCCCCCAGUCGGAGGCGGAAAAAGAUGCAGAGGUUGAAAGCGAUCCAUCGAGCCGUCUCUGUGAAGAGGAAACGGAGAAUGAGCGGGAUUCCAGGGACGCUCCGCCGUUCGCCCGGCAGAUACAGGAAGCGAGCGUCCAAUCGCAACGAGGCGAUGAAGAGAGCGCGACCGACCGCGUCCCCGCAUCCGAUUCCACGGAGGAAAUAUUCAAGCUGUGUGAGCAGAUUGCCGGCCAGACGGGCGGCGGCGUGAGACAGCCGUGGCCGGCCGGGCCCGACUCCAACACAGAGGAGAGCUCUGUGCCUCACAAGCGCCCUCGUCCUCGCCCUCGCCCGGCCUCAGCCGCACUGGAGCCACACCGAGAUCUCUGCAGCCGCGACAGCGAGCAGGUGGGCUCGCCGUGCCGCCGGAGACGCAGGCCGUCUCCCAGCAUGCAACAGUCCCCGGGGCAGAGACGGACGGCCGCUCGCCGCAGGCGGCCCCGCUCUGUCACAGAGACCGGCGUGACUAGGGAGACGCAGCGGCACCACAGAGCCUUGUCCCGCCCCCCGGGCGUGUCACCGUCAGAGCCCCCGCUCAGGGCUGCCCUCCUGCGGUGCCGCUCCCUGCCGCUGCCCCCCAGCGCCCUCGCCGCCAUGGCGCUGCUCCUUCCUCAGUCAGCGGACGUCGGCCAGUCGUCGUCGUCGGUGCGCCUGCGGAGCUCCGGAGGCUCCGGGAGCUGCAGGAGGAGGAGGAUGUUGAGGCCGGGAUCAGAACCACUGCAGGUCAACGUGUUGAUAAGUGGAGGUUCAAUCGUCAACGCCGAGGCGGUAUGGGACCAUGUGACCAUGGCGGACCGGGAGUUGGCGUUUAAGGCCGGCGACGUCAUCAAGGUGCUGGACGCCUCCAACAAGGACUGGUGGUGGGGCCAGAUCGACGAGGAGGAAGGAUGGUUCCCCGCCAGCUUCGUACGGGUGGAGCCCCACCAUCCUCAGCCCCAAACAAAACAGGUUUUCUAUAUCAACCCCAUAGCAACUCCACGGUUCCAAAACACCAUGUCAAAGCUGUGGGUGAACCAGGAGGACGUGGGCGGGGAGCCCUCUGAGGGGUCCAGCGACCUGCAGAACGGCCACUUGGACCCGACCAACCACUGUCUGUGUCUGGGCUCGCCGCUCCAGAACCGAGACCAGAUGAGAGCCAACGUCAUCAACGAGAUCAUGAUCACGGAGAGACACUACAUCAAACACCUCAAGGACAUCUGUGAGGGCUACCUGCGCCAGUGCAGGAAGCGCGUGGACAUGUUCAACGACGACCAGCUGAAGGUCAUCUUCGGGAACAUCGAGGACAUCUUCCGCUUCCAGAUGGGCUUCGUGAGAGACUUGGAGAAACAGUACAACACGGACGACCCCCACCUCUCUGAGAUCGGGCCGUGCUUUUUAGAACACCAAGAUGGCUUUUGGAUCUACUCUGAAUACUGUAACAACCACUUGGACGCCUGCAUGGAGCUGAGCAAGCUGAUGAGGGACGGCCGGUACCAGCACUUCUUCGAGGCGUGCCGCCUCCUCCAGCAGAUGAUCGACAUCGCCAUCGACGGCUUCCUGCUCACGCCCGUCCAGAAGAUCUGCAAAUAUCCACUCCAACUGGCCGAGCUUCUCAAAUACACGGCGCAGGAGCACAGUGAUUAUCGAUACGUGGCAGCAGCGCUGGCAGUAAUGCGGAACGUCACUCAGCAGAUAAACGAGAGGAAGAGGAGGCUGGAGAACAUCGACAAGAUCGCCCAGUGGCAAGCCUCCGUCCUGGACUGGGAGGGGGAGGAUAUCCUGGACAGGAGCUCGGAGCUCAUCUACACCGGGGAGUUGUCAUGGAUCUAUCAGCCCUACGGACGCAGCCAGCAGCGAGUGUUCUUCCUCUUUGAUCACCAGCUGGUUCUCUGUAAGAAGGAUCUGAUACGCCGAGACAUCCUCUACUACAAGGGCCGCAUCGACAUGGACCGCUACGACGUGCAGGACACCAUGGACGGGCGCGACGACGACUUCAACGUCAGCGUGAAGAACGCCUUCAAGCUGUGCAACAAGGACAGCGAGGAGCUCCACAUCUUCCUGGCCAAGAAGCCCGAGGAGAAGGUGCGCUGGCUCAGGACCUUCCACGAGGAGAGGAAGAUGGUGCAGGAGGACGAGAAAAUCGGUUUUGAGAUCUCCGAGUCCCAGAAGCGGCAGGCGGCCAUGUCGGUGAGAAAGGUGACCAAACAGAAAGGUGUAAACAGGUGCACGCCCCCCUCGUACCCGCCCCCCCAGGACCCCCUCAGCGCGGGGCAGUAUGAGGCAUCGGAGGACAUGGCACAAGGAGAGGUUUUUGAAUUCAGUCAAUCCAAAAGAGGCCAGGCUCCUUUCUGGCAUAAUUUUAGUAGAUUAGCUCCAUUUAAGAAAUAAGAGACACUCACAUUGGACUCUUCUGAAGGACCAGAUAUUUUUCUUAGAAGCACUAAACACUGGAGGAUCAUGAUGAAGAAAAUACCACACACACACACACACACACACACACAAGAGACUUUUGAAAUCAUGGACCAUAUAUAAUACGGCGUGUGACUGGAAGCAGCAAGAGGACUUGAAGACUUUGAUUUCAAAAAACAUUUGAGGAAAAAACAACAACAACAAAAACUUUAUAAUUCAACAUGUGUCAGUGACGUUCUUAGUCAUCACGCUUUUUUCCAGCCGAGUCGCCCGUCAUGAACUCGUUCCCCUCCCUCGGAUUCGACAUCUUCUUCACGCCACCUGAAUGGAGGGGGGGGGGGGAGGGGGCGAUCUCGCUAUGUGAGAUUUGCUCGUUGCGUUCUUUCUGAAUGUGAGAUUGAAUAACGACGGGACCCCCCCCCCCCCCCCCACGGCGGCUUCUGAAGGACCUAUCGGACGCCAUCGCUGAGUUAGACCCAGGCCCCUAACAUCUGGACCCCCCCCCCCCUCAUCCACACGUUCCUCUCUCUAGCUGCUCGCAUACAGUAACCACCCUCACCCCACCAGGUCUGACGUUUCACGGUGUCUCCCCUCGCUCUCCACCACCCAUCACCCGUGCUCUCUCUAUCUCUCUCUCUCCACCCCUCCCGCUCAGACGAGCUCCUCGCUUCUUCUUUUUUUUUUUUUUUGUGGAAACCUGCCAUUGGCUCGGAGUUACAACGUCGCUACAGUUGGAACAUCCUAUAGAAUACCGACAUCACCUUUCACCCUCACACUUCUGACAGGGUAUUCCAUAACCGCCGACGAAGCCCCGCCCCCUCUCCCCCCAGAGACCACCCCUGUAGCACUGUGCUGGCAGCUCACCGGACGACGUCUGGAAAGAAAAACGUCCGACAAACCGGAAGUCGAAGCGUCGGCCAUCAAAACAAAGACUCCUUCGAUCGGCUUGAUUUUUUCUUUCUUUUUUCGAGCAGCGCCACGCCGGGGGAAUCUGGAUCAAACCCUCAACCGGCACAAGGGGAAAUCUAAAAAUAUAUAUAUAUAUAUGUUUAAAUGAACCGUAGCGGUCAGUUGUGAGUUUAGCGAUGAAAGAACGUACGCUGCAGACGUGUGAGCCGCCACCAGGGGGAGCCGGAGAAACGCGACUUCAAUCUGCAGGUGUUCCUCUGGCAGAUCCACGCAUCUCUGAAGGCUUUCGCGAUCUCGGCACUCCUCCCCGGAUCUGAUCCACGCUCUGCUCGGUGAUUCACACGGCGUCACGUUGUUGUUUCAUCAACAGAGAGCAGCAGACCGGAGGAGCUCAGCCGCCAUGAAGGUAUUUUGUUUUCUACAGUUGGAAUGUAAGCGGGUCCGAGGUUCGCGAUCCUGUUUUUGACCUCAGAUCCAGAGGUCCGCUCUGCGUUCUCACGUCACAGAUACAGUUAUGACGACGCGUGCAGCUUCAUGUAUCUUCACCGAAAGAGUUCUAUACCGUUCCAUGUGUCAUUUGUUGGCCUGCUUACGGGCCUUAUAACCCAUCGGAGAGGGGGAGGACAAAAAGAGAGGGAGAGCUGAGACUUGCUGUGUAUGUGUUUGUAAGUUAUUGUUUCAGUAAAGAAGGUAAUGAGAGACGUUGAGUCGGCUGCUGGUGUCUGUGGAGAGACGAGGCUCCCAGGGAGAUGUUACGGACGAUAACCCCCUGGUCUGGCACAGCGGAAAGAUAAAAGAUAUGGUUCCCACACGCAGAACAAUGAAGGUGCCAUCUGGAACCAAAAAUGGUUCUUCAGAGACGAACCAUUUCUGGUUCCACGAAGAACCUUUCAAACCAGGGUUCUUUAAAGAACCAUUUCCUUAAAUACUUCUUCAAAGAACAUAUAAAGGUGUCUCAAAGAACCUUAAAAAAAGGUUCUUUAAGGCACCAUAUCUGGUUCCAUGAAGAACCUUUCAAACCAGGGUUCUUAAAUAGUUCUUCAAAGAACAUAUAAAGGUGUCUCAAAGAACCUUAAAAAAGGUUCUUUAAGGCACCAUGUCUGGUUCCAUGAAGAACCUUUCAAACCAGGGUUCUUUAGAGAACCAUUUUCUUAAAUAGUUCUUCAAAGAACAUAUAAAGGUGUCUCAAAGAACCUUAAAAAAAGGUUCUUUAAGGCACCAUAUCUGGUUCCAUGAAGAACCUUUCAAACCAGGGUUCUUAAAUAGUUCUUCAAAGAACAUAUAAAGGUGUCUCAAAGAACCUUAAAAAAGGUUCUUUAAGGCACCAUGUCUGGUUCCACGAAGAACCUUUCAAACCAGGGUUCUUAAAUAGUUCUUCAAAGAACAUAUAAAGGUGUCUCAAAUAACCUUAAAAAAGGUUCUUUAAGGCACCAUGUCUGGUUCCAUGAAGAACCUUUCAAACCAGGGUUCUUUAGAGAACCAUUUUCUUAAAUAGUUCUUCAAAGAACAUAUAAAGGUGUCUCAAAGAACCUUAAAAAAAGGUUCUUUAAGGCACCAUAUCUGGUUCCAUGAAGAACCUUUCAAACCAGGGUUCUUAAAUAGUUCUUCAAAGAACAUAUAAAGGUGUCUCAAAGAACCUUAAAAAAGGUUCUUUAAGGCACCAUGUCUGGUUCCACGAAGAACCUUUCAAACCAGGUUUCUUUAAAGAACCAGUUCCUUAAAGAGUUCUGCAAAGAACCUAUAAUGGUGCCUCAAAUGAAAACAAUGGUUCUCCAGGAGGUGAUGGUUAGGAACCACGAAGCCUUUUUAAAGAACCAUUUAAGAACCAUUAUUUUUCUGUGUGCAGGCCGUGAUAACCUCAGGUCCCGUGCUACCCCCCCCCCCCAUUCCCCUACUCAACGCCACCAACAUACAGACACGAGCAUGCAGGCACACACACGCACACACACACACACACACACACUUGCUGGCCCGUUCUGCUGCGGUGAGGAGGGAUGCUAUCUAUCAGUGCCUUCCAGCAUUCCACUCGUGAUGAUCUAUUCAGCUUCGCAGGCAGAUUUGAAUUAGUCGUGUAUUUUCCCCAUCAGUGUGGGACUUGCAUCUCUCUCUCUCUCUCUCUCUCUCUCUCUCUCUCUCAUGCACAAUGGGAAUCCCUCGUUCCCCGGUGCAUGAGCUCCACCCGGACACUUCAAGGUCGUCGGGCCUUUUCCACACUGAGUAGACACUGUGCCGUCUGACUGAAACACACCUUAUUAUAUAAUAUACCACGUUCACAGCAGUGAUAACUUUAUUGCACACGGAGAAAAAAAAGGUUAAUUCUAAUUUCAGAUGUUUUAGAAACUACAUAGGGUUCCUUAUUAAUUGUUAUAUAUUUAACACGCUGACAGAUUCAUUUGAAUAUAUAGUAGGAAGCAAAUUUUCAUUAGUCGAGUUAGAGUCAAAAGUAUAUUAUUAGCGUUCAUUAGUUACGAAUCAAAAAGAAACAAAUCAUCUAUUUUACCUUUUAUCAGCUACUACACUGUAAAUAAUGUAAAAAGAACAGAUCAUAUAUUUGGAUAUUGGUAUCUUGCGUUGGAGACGAAUGUUGUUCCAGUCCUACCGGGUUAAUUAAUGCAUGAUCGUGGCAUCCAAUAUUUUGCAUGAGACUUUAGACUCUCGACAGAUUGUUUGGUUUCAUUUAACUUCCAAUGGAGAUUAUUUUUAUUUUAUUAUUUCCACAGCGCGGGAACCAUUUCAUCUCACUCAGGGGAGCUCUUCUCCGCGUCCUGCUCACGUCACCGCUCUUGUUUUUUAUUAUUUAUUCCACAUUUCCUCUGAAUCUACGGACCGUGGAGAGGAUGAAGGGAAAGAUGUUAUGGUCGCUACCAACUGAAAACGUAUUCUGAAGUCUCUAUUUCCUCUUUUUUUUCUUUGACUUCCAACCGAUAACGGUCCAAAACUCACCGGUUAUCGGUAUUUUGGGGGGUAAAAUUCCAUAUUACUUAAUCGCUGAGAGAGAGAAGAAAAAAAAACGGGUAUCAUUUUUUUCUAGAAACCAAAAUAAGAUCAUCGGUGUUUGUGUGUAUAGAUUUGUAGUCGAGCAGAAGAGAGAAAUAAAUGCUAAAAACCUCUCGGGAUGAGCUAAAAAUAAUCAUAAUCCCGAAGACGCACACACACACACACAAUUCACAUCAUGCUCCUGUUUAAGUGUGCAAUGACUUGACAGUACACACAGUUAAUUCCUCACUUGUAUUUAUUGAAUGCAGUAUUAUUAAACAGAAGCAUUUUGGCCACAUUGUUCAAAAAAGGGAUGUAUACAUUGUUUUUUUUAAUAAUUAUUUCUUAUGAUGUAAUUAUCAUUUUGACCUUGAGGACGGCGUUCCGUGUGGAAGAUUUUCCUUUUCUUUACUUAUUCUAUUUCCUGUUGUGAAACCCGAGACGGACGACUUAGCAGACUGUCGGUCGGCUGCAUCAGAUUUAUGUUUUCCCUUUUUUUUUUCGCUCAUAUUUUUAGCAUCUUCAGGAGGAACUCCUCGCGGCGUCACAAUAGGGUACAAACGAGUCUUCGCUGAGACAUUCAAUGACAACGCGGUAAUCAGAAGACUGGCAUUCUCCACCCACUGUAUAUUACCAUCUACGUUAAGGUCUGGAUCUUUUUGCCUCACACAGAACAAUGUACUCACACUAUCCAUAUCCUUUGUCACCAUAUGCAAAACAUCUGUCAUUUUUUAUUUUUUCUCGCUGGCCUUUUCUUUACAUUUUUCUUUUUUUAAGUUUGAUUAUUCGUUGUAGAAAUGGAAAAAUAAUGCCUAUUCAAAUCCAGAAACUGUGAAUGGGGAGAGCGCGUGGAGAUGUUCAACCGUGUGUGUACAUUCUAUGUUUUGAUGUAAUCAGAAGCACUGGGAAUAUGUCGUACUUCGCUGUAAAAAAUAAAUCCAUAUCUGAUUAUAGCUGUACUUUUGUUGAAAAUAAAAACCUCCGCAGAACUUCA